CCUUUCUACAGCACUUCGUCGCCUGGCAGGUCGUUAGAGACUACGACUUGCUUAACAUGAAAGAAGAGAUUGGCAUUUUGGUUCCCCGCGUGCAUUCAAAGUGUCCUCAUUUCCUCAGCGUGGAACUCUGCCAAGCGGCAUUGAUACACGUGUGGGCGUUGAAGGAGAGCCAAGAGGGGCCCGAUGCGCCUCUGGCGGCGUCGGCAGAGGAGGCCAUGUCUUCGGUGCGAAGGAGGAGGAUGCGGGAGAGAGCUACCGCGCGUGAGGCCUACAACGUCGAAAUGGCGCAUGCAAUCGGCC